AUGAUGUGAUGUUGUAUAUUGUCUGUCCUGCAGGAAUGACAGUUCUCUGGUCUCUGCUCUGAAGACUCUCCUCUUCUUCACCAUCCUGAUGGUCACUCUGCCCAUAGGACUGUACUUCGCAUCAAAGGCAUACAUCUUUGAAGGUAAAUCAGUAUUUAUUGUCUGAGGCCUAAAAUAUCCCAAUCAAAGGCCAAAUUUAUUUAUUUAUAUUUAUUCUCCCCCUCCACCCCUCUCCUUUCAUCCUCCUCCUCUCUCCUCUCCACCCCCCCCCCCCCCCCCCCCUCUCUCCUCCUCUCCACCCCCCCCGCCCCCCCUUUCUCCUCCUCCUCCCCUCUUGCUCUCCUCCUCUCUCCAGGUUCCCUACAGAUGUCUAACUCAGACAGUUAUUUUUAUGCUGCCAUCGUAGCUGUGCUGGCCGUACAUGUGGUUCUGGCCCUGUUUGUCUACGUGGCCUGGAACGAGGGCUCCACCAAGGGCAAGGGAAAACACGACUAA